UGUGCCCUCCAUCCCUCUUGCUUAGACGGGCUGACACUGAACGGGAGUUAUCCGACGAGGACUGAGGAGGAUGGCGAAGCAGAUCUGCUACAGAUGAAGGAAGUCUGAUGUAGAAGCUGAGCCAGAGGAGAGCCCUGGCAGCAGCAGCAGCAGCAGUAGCAGCAACAGCAGAAGGGCUGUAGAUGCCCUCUCCUCAGGUGCGGCUCCAGCCCAGGCCUCUGCUGGAGAGCCGGGUCAAAGAGGGGACAGCUCCUGCUCUGACUCUGAUAGCCUUAUAGACUCUAGUUCCAGUGAGGAGGAGGACAAAGUAGAAGAAGCAGACCCAGCCAUGUUCUCCUCCAAAUUUCUCAGUGGGGCGAAUCCCCUGAAUGCUAUGUCUUCUGCUGUGAAUAAGUUUGGCUUGUUCGGAGAUGAUGGGGAAGGGGAUAAAAAGUCACCUCCUCAACAGGGGAGGAAAGCAUCAGGAGAACCACAACCCGGACCUGGCCCUGGAAAAAACACGCAACAAGAACAGGCACCCCAAAAAUCCAACCAGGGUCCCCUUAUGCAAAAAUCCCAGCCUCUCCCUAAACAGGGAUCACCACAACUACGUGGCAAUGGACAGACUGCUCCACCAACAAAUAAACCUGCAGGACAACAAACUAAAGAUCCACCCCAGCAGAGUUCACCAAAGCAUGGAAUUCAACAUCAGGUUCCAGCAAAGGAUGAAGCACAACCUGUAUCUUCAAAACAAGUUCCACCCAAGUUGAAAGAACAACAAGACUCUGCUAAGAGUAGUGUACAAAAUCAAGAACUUUUAAAGUCUGGGGUACCCACAAACACUGGGUCAGAGAAAGUAAGCCAACAACAGCAGUCGUCACCAAAAACUAGACAACAACUGCACUCACCUAAGGUAGGACAACAGCAGAAAGGGGGCAAAAAUCAAAUAGCCGAUAGACAACAAGACAUUAAGUACCCAGGCACACCUGAAGUGACACCUGUUGGCUCUCCAUCAUUGGGAGCAACCAAAGCCAGACCUCAGUCAAAAGCAGUUUCUAAACCUCUUUGCCCAGUGUGUAACACAACAGAACUUAAUAUCCAUACCAAGGAAUCACCUAACUACAAAACCUGCACACAGUGUAAAACUGAGGUGUGCAGCUUAUGUGGCUUCAGUCCUCCAGACACUGAUGGGCAUGAGUGGCUUUGCCUAAACUGCCAAAUACAAAGAGCUCAAGGAACUUCAGAGCCACCAGGACCUCCUAAGAAAAGGCCUUCUGCUCCUCAAAACCAGAAACCACCACCUGGUGAACCUGCAAAAAAGGACAUUUCAACACCAGGUUCAUCACCGAAAGUACAGUCUAAACCAAUAAAAGUGUCAGCUAGCGAUGAACCUCCUAAAGGACCAGAAAAUCCAAAGCAAGGUGCCCGGUUAGGUCAAGCUCAGAGAAUGACACCAGAUUCUCAGCAAGCAUCAGGAUCUCCAAAAAUGCAUCCAAGUGGUCAACCUGGCCAAACGCAAAGCAGGGUUACUCCAGCUCCACAGCAGGCAUCUGGAGGUUUAUUUGGCUUUAGUAGUGGUGCUAAAAGUGAAUCUGCAAAACCAGAUGUGUCAGCAACGGGGAAGAUGUUUGGUUUUGGUUCCUCACUUUUUAGUUCUGCAUCUACCUUAAUUGGCUCAGCUGUUCCGGAUGAACCCAAAAUCACAACGCCAGUUUCUCCCAAAAUGCAGCUCACAAAGGACAGUAAGGCAGCUUCUGGCCAAAAGUUAGAACUAGAAAAAAAGCAGCAACAACCUCAGGAUAAAAAGACUCAGUCAGCAGUGCAGAAAGCAGGAAAAUCCCCUGCAGAGGCUCCAAAGGCAGCAACAGUCUCCCUCAAUCCUAUCGACAAGGGCCAAUCCAUUUGUCCGAUUUGUAAGAUGGUUCUUAAUGUUGGCUCAAAGGAUCCUCCCAACUACAACAGCUGCACAGAAUGCAAAAGCACUGUCUGCAAUCAGUGUGGAUUCAACCCCAUGCCAAAUGUAAAAGAGGAGAAAGAGUGGCUUUGUCUGAAUUGCCAGGUGAAACGAGCUGCUGCAGGAACUGAACCACAGAAAGAAACGCUCUUGGCUGAUUCAUUUAAAAAAACAACUGCAACAUCGCCUGGACCUGAAAGGACUUCUGCUCCUGGUUCUCCUCAGAAAAAAGAAUCAACAGUAGCUGUAAAACAAGUCAAGACUGAAGGACCAGUAAGCCAAAGGCAAGCUGGCCAAGCUCCUGGACAGAAGACACCUCAGCAGAGCCAAAGGAUAGAUCCUCAGAAACAAACCGACCAGACCAUCAAGCCUCCACAAAAAACUGGAAAUGCCACAACACAAGAGUCUGGAGGCCUCUUUGGUUUUGGUGCUCCUAAAAGUCAAAGUGAUGCAGCAAAACCUGCAGAAUCAGUGACUGGGAAAAUGUUUGGUUUUGGUACUUCCAUCUUUAGCUCUGCUUCAACUCUAAUUACUUCAGCUGUCCAUGAUGAUCCCAAAACUACAGCACCUAUUUCUCCAAAGUUGUCCCCUGCAAAGGAUCCCAAAUCUCUCACAGUCAAAAAGCAAGAACAGGAGAAAAAGCCACAGCAGGUACAGCAAACCCCAGGUCCAACACCAGUGAAGCCAGAAGCAGAUAAACCUCCCUCAGAACUGCCAAAGAAAGAAUCAGCCUCACCACUUAUUUCCAGAAUGUCUGAUUCCACCUGUCCUCUCUGUAAAGUAAAACUGAAUGUGGGCACCAAGGACCCUCCAAACUACAGCACCUGCACAGAGUGCAAAAUUGUUGUCUGUAACCAAUGUGGAUUUAAUCCCACACCAAAUGUAAAGGAGAUCAAAGAGUGGUUAUGUCUCAACUGCCAGGUGCAAAGAGCACUUGGGGCAUCUGAGCCUCCAGGAACACCUGUGAUGAAAUUACGAGCCUCUCCAAACAAAACAUCUGCAUCUGCUGAUGCUAUACAGAAAGAAACACCCUUACAAGAGAAAGAAAUUUCUGUACCUGCUAAUUCUAAGGAGACUAUGCUAUUAGGCUCCCCACAGCACAAAUCACAAAAAUCAGUUGAGCAAUCAGCAAAGGCCGAAGUCAAAAAAGGACCCGAAUUAAGAAAACAGGUCAUACCAGAAGCCAGUCAAAAAAUUCUGGAACAAGACCAAAAGACAAGUUAUAAUAAGCCAUCAGACCAGACAAGUCAGACUGAACAAAAAAAGAGUGGUAUUGCAUCAACAAAAGAGGAAGAUGGAAGGUCCUUAAAAUCUGGUGGUUCCAAGCCUCAACCAGAAGCUACAAAACCUACUGAGUCACUUGGAGGAAAAAUGUUUGGCUUUGGUUCUUCAAUGUUGAGUUCUGCUUCCAAUUUUAUAACCUCUGCAGUACAAGAUGAAUCAAAAACACCACCAGUAUCUCCCAAACUUCCAGCAGCAAAGGGAACCAAAUCAAUUCCAGUUCAGAAAUAUGACUCAGAGAAGAAACCAGAGCAAGUUCAGCAAACUAGUCACUCUCCAUUGCUGCAAGCCAAAGUAAAUAAAGAUGUAAUAUCUUCAGAUAGUCAAAAGACUGACCACUCUACCUGUCCUCUAUGUAAGACUGAACUCAAUAUUGCUUCCAAAGAUCCUCCCAACUACAAAAAAUGCACAGAAUGCAAGACCACUGUGUGCAACCAGUGUGGAUUUAACCCAAUGCCAAAUGUGUCAGAGGUCAAAGAAUGGCUAUGCCUGAACUGCCAGAUGGAAAGAGCUCUCAGUGCCUCUGAUGUCACUGGACCUUCCAUAAAACCAGAGACUGAAACAAACAAAGCUUCAGCGUUAACUGUAUGUCAGAAAAUCCCACCUCCUAAACAAAUGGAAUGUCUAAAGAAGGAAUUGUCUGACAAAAAGAUAGAAGCCCCACUACCUGAUUCAUCUAACACCGAGAGGAGCUCCACAUCUGCUUCUCCUCAGAGAACACAGCGUGCAGUUGUACCACCUGCUGCUAAAGAACCAGAAGCGAAAAUACAGCCUAGCCCAAGCACUGGUCAGUCUCUUUCAAUUGUCGAAAGAGUAACAAGUACACAGAGACAGACUGGCCAGGAAAGUGAGUGUGACCCAAAAUACAUGAAGAUGAAACCAGAUCUUCAAGAGGAAUCAGAAAAAACAACCGGCUCAAAAGAUACUAAAAAAGUAUCUGAGGCUUCAAAAACAACUGAAUCCUUGGGUGGAAAGAUGUUUGGAUUUGGUUCAUCUAUUUUCAGCUCAGCAUCAAAUCUGAUAUCGGCUGCUGAAUCACGAACUACACCACCUGGCUCUCGUAAGAUGUCUGCACCACCCCAACUCUCUGGCAAGAUGUCUGUUUCACCAAAGAUUUCACCAAAAAGUACACCUACAGUUUCUCCCAAAAUGUCACCAGUUAGAGAACCAAAGGUUCUUUCUGCGAAACCAGGGGAAUCUCAGCUGAAGAAAGAAGACAAAGUUCUAUCACAGCCACAUGUAGGAACAGUCUCUCUAAGAUGUUCAGAUGGAGGUCCAACUAUCUGUCCACUGUGUAAGGGUGAGAUGAACAUUGGCUGCAAGCAGACUCCAAAUUACAAUACCUGCACUGAAUGCAAGACCACAGUUUGUAACCAAUGUGGAUUUAACCCCAUGCCCAUGGGUGAGGUAAAAGAGUGGCUGUGUCUUACAUGUCAGGUGAAGAGAGCAGUUGGACCACCUGAACCUCCAGGCCCUCCUGCUUUAAAGACCCAAACCUCACCCAGUAAAUUUCCUCCACCCACUGAUGUUCAGCUGAAAGAUACCUCCAAACUAAUUUCUUCUCCAAAAAAGGAUGGUCUCGAUGUUGUGGAGCAAUCUAGAGAACCUUUAGGGAAAGUUUCACCACAGAGAAAACAGUCAAUGCCAUUAAGCAAACCUCCAUCUAGUGAUGCUCCUCUAAAACAAGUUAGCCCUGCACUAGAUCAGAAAGCACCUCAAGAAAAACUAAAAGCCGAAGAAAAGAAACCAUCAGAUCUGACAAACCAACAUGAACGCAGACGGAGUAGCACUACUCCAGCAAAACAGCAAGAGUCUGGAGGCUUCUUUGGCCUUGUUGAAUCUAAACCUCAGCCAGAAGGAGCAAAGACUGCCGAGUCAGUAGGUGGGAAGAUGUUAGGGUUCAGUUCAUCCAUCUUUAGUUCUGCUUCUACCUUAAUAACCUCAGCGGUGAAGGACCAGCUCAAUACAACACCACCAGUUUCUCCCAAGAUGUCUCCUUCAAAAGAGGCAAAAUCACCUACAGCUCCAAAAGUAGAACAGGAGAAAAAGUCAGAACAGCAACAGCAGUCAGAGGAUCAGCCAACUGCAGAACCAAAAUCAAAAGAGAUCAAGCCUUCUGCUUCCCAAAAGCUUGAGCAGCAGAAGAAAGCAGAGACAUCCUUGCAGACAAAGACCCUUCCAUCAGUACAGGCUAAAGUGGAGAAAACCCCAUCAGAGGCUUUGAAAUCUGAAGCAGGUACCCCUGCAAGUGUCAAACUAGAACAGUCCACCUGUCCACUGUGUAAGAUCAAACUCAACAUAGGCUCCAAGGAUCCACCCAAUUAUAAUACAUGCACACAGUGCAAAAACACAGUGUGCAACCAGUGUGGAUUUCACCCAAUGCCAAGCAAAACUGUGGUUGAGUGGUUGUGUCUCACCUGUCAGAUGGAACGAGCUCUGGAAGUGACAGAGCCUCCAGGAGUUACUUCUCUCAAGCCUCAGGCAAAAUCCCAAGCAGGCAUCACCAGCCCAGCUGAACCUGAAAAGAAAGUCUCCUCUGCACCACAGUCACCUCAGAGGAAAUUAUCUUCACCCGCACAGCCCCCUGAGACAGCUGACAAGCAAGUAGUUAAUAAACAGGCUAGCCCAGUUCCUUCUAAGAAAACCCCACAAGAACAGCAGAAAACAUCAGGCCCAAGCAAAUCACCAGGGCAGACAAGGCAAGCUGAACAGAAGCAGAGCAAUGUGACGGGGGUGCCACAGAAAGAUUCCGGUAGCUUCUUUGGAUUAGGCAAAGGUAAAACUGAGCCUAAUGUGGACAAACCAGUGGAGUCCGUCUCUGGAAAAAUGCUUGGAUUUGGUUCAUCCAUUUUCAGCUCUGCUUCUACAUUAAUAACCUCAGCUGUUCAAGAUCAACCUAAGACCACUCCACCAGUAUCUCCCAAGUUAUCCCCUGCAAAAGAAGUCACAUCCCAUGCUGCCCAAAAGAAGGAGCAGCCAGAAUCUCAGCAGCCUAAGGCACCUACUCUGGUCCAAGUCAAAGAUGACAAGGGUCAGCCAGAAGCUUCGAAGAUUAUAGAAGCUUCCAAAGGUGCUAUCAAACCGAACACCAGCUGUGUGCUCUGUAAGGCUGAACUUAACAUGGGGUCCAAAGAUCCACCUAACUACAAUACCUGCACCGAAUGCAAGAAUAGAGUUUGUAAUCAGUGUGGAUUUGACCCCAUGCCAAACCAGUUAGAGAUGAGGGAAUGGUUGUGUUUGACUUGCCAGAUGCAAAGAGCUCUGGCAGCAGCUGACUCAGUACAGCCUCCUCUGAAGAAGGUUCAGGGAUCUCCGAGCCAAGUUUCCUCACCUGGUACUGUCAAAAAAGAGGUGACAAAUGAAAGGAAACACAGUAUUUCUAAAGAAGUUGAAGUUAUUGACAAAGCACAAGGUGCACCUCAAAAGAAAGACAUAUUGCAAACUUCUGCCUCAUUGACGUCAAAAGAUGAAACAGCUUCAGCCUCAGGUCUAGCAAAAGAUCAGAAAACCAAUUUAUUUUCUACUGAGGGUACUCUAAAGUCUUUGGUUCCUCAAAGUGAAGAGGUAGGGCCUGUUGUUUCUGAUGUCAAACAACCAAUGCCUGCACAAGGUCCUCCUGUUGCCAUAGACAGGAAGACAACUCCACUACCUCCAGACACAUUCGAAAAUGAGGAGAAAUGUGAAACUAUAAAGACAUCAGCUGGACAGCUUUUCAAAUCCAUAGAGGAUGUAAAACAAUACCAAGCCAAAGAACCUCAAAGAAAAGGUUCAGAAGUAGAGGUCAAAGAAGAUGAUGAGCAGAAAACGCAUGUCAAAAAGAUACCAGACAAACCUCAGGAGCCUAAAAUUACUCCAACAGGGCAGAAAGAAGAUGGUAAAGGCCAGAUGGAAUUGACAAAACAGGCUCAAGUUGCUUGUCCACUCUGCAAGGUGGAGCUUAACAUUGACUCCAAGAACCCUCCCAACUUCAACACCUGCACUGACUGCAAAACCUCUGUUUGCAACAAAUGUGGUUUUAGUCCAAUGCCAAAUAUCUCUAAGGCAAAGGAAUGGUUGUGUCUCAACUGUCAGAUGCAGAGAGCUCUUGGAGCUUCUGAACCCCCAGGCCUCCCAAUGAUGAAAACACAACCUUCACCAAGCAAAGAUUUUCCUGCCCAUAAACAGAAGAAAGAAAGCCUAACUGCUACUAUUUCCAAGCAAGAGAUUUCUGAGCCAGUCACUGACCCUGCUAACAUUAUUAUGGCCAGAGAAACAGAACUCCUUCUUGUUAGUGAACCAACAAAGGAGGUCUCUUGUGCAUCUGCUUCAGUCCCUGAUGAAAGUGGUCCACCAACUGCCACAAAUGUAGAUGUUUCACCAGCCUCACAAAAGCCAUGUUCUGAUGUGCCGAAAGUACAACCAGACACACCACAGCAACAAAUUCAGAAAGUUCCUUCUUCUACUAAGCCUGCUAUUCCAACAGAUGAGGCAAAACGAGGUCCACCUACAGACAAGCCUACCUCUACACCACAGCAGAAGGGAGCAAAACAACCCACAAUACAUCCUAAGAAACCUGAGAGCUCUCCUAAGUCUGCAUCGCCAUCAGUUCAGGCUACAAAACCAGAGUCAGGUAGCUUCUUUGGUUUUGGAGGCCCUAAAACACAGCCUACAGCAGAAAAACCUGCAGACUCAGUUACUGGAAAGAUGUUUGGCUUUGGCUCGUCUUUCUUAAGUUCUGCAUCCAAUUUGAUUACUUCAGCUGUUCAAGAUGAAAAUAGAACUACUCCGCCUACUCCUCGUAAGAUGUCCGCCACAGAUAGAGCCUCUCCAAAGCCUACACCACCAGCUUCUCCUAAAACAUUACCAGCACUGGGUGCUAAGGUAACUUCUGUGCAGAAGACUGAGGACAAGAAUUCUGAGAAACCACAGCCGACUAAAAUUCUUCCAACAGAACCAGCCAAAGUGACAAAAUCACCUUCAGACAACUCUAAAGUACCACUAAAUGGGCAAGAUGCUUCCAAGACUGAUCUGUCAGUGUGUCCACUUUGUAAGAUCAAGCUAAAUUUUGACUCCAAAGAUCUUAAAAACUACAACACUUGCACAGAGUGCAAGACUACAGUGUGCAACCAGUGUGGAUUUGAUGCAAUCUCAAAUAUAUCAGAGACAAAGGAAUGGCUUUGUCUAAAUUGCCAGAUGCAGAGGGCAUUGAAAGUGUCAGAGUCUACUGUAGCUCCCGUGGCAAAACAGACACCAAGCGAAAUUUCACAGUCUUCUCCAGUUAUACAGAAGGAAACUGUUACACCAAUCAAGCAUAUCCAAAAAGAUGCCAUGGAAGCUGCAACCCCAUUGCCAACUGCUCCACCUCAGGAAGAUUCUGUCAAAAAGGUGCCAGUGGUUUCAGGUUCUGACCAGCACAAACCAAAUGAAAACCUACAACAAAUGAAGAUUACUCAACGUACCAAACCAGAAGUAAAGCCAGAUGUUGGAAAACAAGACAUUGGAAAAGUGCAGCAACAGCCUGCAAAGCUACCCACACAGCCAACCAAAAUGGCUUCACCAGUUCAGCCUACUAAACAAGAAUCUGGGGGCUUCUUUGGAUUUGGUGCACCUAAGGCACCAGUGGCAGCAGCAAAAUCUACUGAAUCAGUGACUGGGAAGAUGUUUGGCUUUGGCUCAUCUUUUCUUAGUUCUGCAUCUACACUAAUCCAAUCAGCUGUUCAGGAUGAACCUAAAACCACACCACCUACUCCAAGGAAGAUGUCCACUACUGCUCCUACUUCACCUAAAGUCACACCUCCAGUUUCUCCUAAGAUACCCCCUGCCAAAGAUACAAAAAUACCUGCUACACAAAAAUCAGAGCCACUUCAGCAAGAUAAGCCUACUCCACCACCUCAACACGACAAGCCUACUCCACCAACUUUGCAAGACAAGCCGGUUCCACUAUCUCAACAGAACAAGCCUACUCCACCACUUCAACAAGCCAAGCCUGCCUCACCACUUUCACAGAUGAAACAUACUCCACCACCUUUGCAAGAUAAACCUGCUCCACCACCAAAACAGGACAAGCCUGCUCCACCACCACAACAAGUCAAGCCUACUUCAUCAUCUCAGCAAGACAAGCCCAUGCCACCACUUUCACAGACCAAGCCUAAUCCACCACCUUUGCAAUGCAAGCCUGCUCCAUCACCACAACAGGACAAGCCUACUCCACCAUCUUUGCAAGACAAGCCUGCUCCACCACCUCAACAAGACAAGCUUAUGCCAUCACUUUCACAGACCAAACCUACUUCACCACCCUUGCAAGAAAAGCCUGCUCCACAACCACAACGGGACAAGCCUACUCCACCACCUUUGCAAGACAAGCCUGCUCCACCACCACAACAGGACAAGCCUACUCCACCACCUUUGCAAGACAAGCCUGCUCCACCACCACAACAGGACAAGUCUGCUCCACCCCCUCAAAAAGACAAGCCUGCUCCACCACCUCAACAAGACAAGCCUGCUCCACCACCUCAACAAGACAAGCCUAUGGCAUCAUCUUUGCAAGACCAGCCUACGCCAUCUCCUCCACAGACCAGACCUACUCCAUCAUUUCAAGAAAAAAUAGAAGGUUCACCACUGUCCACAGAGGUGAACAAGGUUCUUCCUACACCAAGUGUGUCUACCUGUCCUCUGUGUAAGGCUGAACUGAAUGUGGGAUCAACAGAUAGUCCAAAUUACAACACCUGCACUGAAUGCAAAAACACUGUCUGCAAUUUCUGUGGAUUUAAUCCCAUGCCUCAUACUGCAAAAAAGGAAUGGUUGUGCUUGAGCUGCCAAACUCAAAGAGCUUUGUCAGGACAACUCGGAGAUUCAGAACAAAUGUCUCAACCUACAUAUGUGCCUGCCAAACCAGAAAUCCAGGCAACAUCAACUUCUGACAUGGCUGCGUCCAAAACCUCACCCAUCAAAAUUGAGCUCACAACUGAAGUCACGGCACCAAAAACUGCCCCUACUGAGGGAGUACAAAUAAUUUCAGCUACAACACCGAAGGAAGAACCUGCCAAGAUAAAAAACCUAGCUCCUGUUCCUUCCAUAGAAAAAGAAAAGGAGAGAAAACAGUUAGUCACCAUGAUAGAUGUUUCAUCUGUUGCCUCAGAUAAACAGUCUUUUGAAGAUUCCAUUCAAGAACCUGUUGUAGCAAAGCCUGAUGUGUCAAUCACCAAAACUUCUGACAUGGAAACUGUUAAAGAGGAGAAACUGCAACCAUAUUUACAAGAACAGGAAAAGGCAGUGGAAUCUGGAAAAACAAAAGCAGCUGACAGCAAGGAACUGGAUGAUAAGAUGAUUGAAAAGAUUACUGACAUCUCAACUCAAGUUUCACAGUCACUCCUUACAGCGAGACUGGCCUCCGUUGAAACCAACAAAGAGUCUGCAGAAAAAAGAAGAGAUCUCCCUCAAACCGAGCAAGCAGCAAAUACACUCAGUUUUGGAAAAGAAGAGUAUGAUGAUGAUCAACCCCAGAUUUUACCUGUCCUUCAAGAACAGCCUGAGAUUAAGAUUUAUGAUAUAGCGAAGAAUGAUUCAAGUAUAGAUCACUCUAUGCCAGAAAAAGAGGAAGUUAAGCCAGAGAGAAGGCGUUUAAGUUUACAAGCAAUGGAGAGCAGUGAAAGUGAAGUUACACCUUUAUCAUCCCCUAAAAUUGGAAGAAGGAUCUUAAAGGUUAGCACUGUUUCAUCUAGCAGCGAGGACAAAACUGAAGGUGCUGAUUCUUCCAUAGAAGAUGAUGAGUUCAUACGCAAUCAGAUUUUGGGUAUGGGAGAUGAGAAAGACAUGUCCAUAUCAGAAGAUGAGAAAGAAAGUAACUUAGAAAAUAUGGAAGCUUUCCAGAGUAAUACACUUGACAAUGCUUCUAUCAAAGCCAAAUCUGUACUGAACAAGGGUGAAUCAAAUAUUAAUACCCAGACUGAAUUACCCAUUAAAAAUGAUGCUGCAAUUUCUCAAAAUAUUCCCGAAUCAUUUCCAAAGACUAAUUUUAAGAAAGCUAUUCCUGUAUUGAGGCAGAGGCAAAGCACUGAUGAAGAAAUAGAUAGCCUCACUGAAUCCUUGUCAAAGGGUUCAUCCAGUAUUCAAGCAUCAAGCGUGACUCCAGGGUCUUCACCUUCAUCAGUUUCAUCUUUGGAAGAGGACAGUGAUAGCAGUCCAAGCCAAAAGAAAGGUAGUGAGCAAAGACAUCAUCGCAAAAGUAGACAGAGGUACCCCACUCAGCCUCUUCCUACUAUUGAAAACUCCUCUGAUGAAGAAAAGACAAAGACACAAGACAAACCACUGUCUUCACCCAGUGAUGUGUCCUCUUCAGAAGAUUUAAGGCAGGUCACUGUCAUCAACGAAGGCCAUAAAACAUUUGGCUCAGAGUACUUUGCUAGUAAAGAAUCUGAACCAGAGAUUAAGAGAGCUGUACAAAGAGGACGUAAACCUUCACCAACAGUAAUACCUUACACCCCUUCUGAUCAAUUUGAAGAAAAAGACACAGCAACAAAAUCAUUAAAGAGUGCUGAAGAAGCAUAUGAGGAAAUUAUUCAGAAAACAAAAGCUAUUCCAGGAGAAAGUCCCCCCGAUAUUGAACCCCUUUAUGGAGGACUGGCAAUAGAAGACUAUCUUUAUGAAUCUUUAGUAGAGGAACCAGAAAUUAAAAUAAGUGAAACUCAAGAAGAACCUGAAUUUGAUACUGCUUCUCAAUCUCUUAAAAAGCUCAGAUCCCCUGAAGAAGUUUAUGAGGAGAUGAUGCAAAAAAAAAGGGAACUGAUGAUGAUAGAGCAAGAAUUUCAACAAGCCUGGACAGCAAUGGAUUCUUCCUCAUUGGAGGCUUUGGUCCAGGAGCUUCCUUCAGAGGCUGACACUUGUGUGGUGACUAUAUCUGCUGAAGAUGGCAUACCCACUGAAGAUACUCAGAUUACUGAACAAAAAUAUAUGCCUCCCUCAAAUAUUGAUACUUUAAGUGAACUACCAGUAAAGAGAAAAAAACGUCCAGCACCCCCACGCCCAUCUGAGCCCCCUAGGCGCACUGAGGUAACAGUUGUUGCCAGUACUCCCAGUGGAUCCAUAACUUUUGUCAGGCCUAUGAUACCUCAAGAUCCUGCACUCAGAAAGGCACUGUUUCCAAUACCAGACCUUAAGAUUACUCAAUGCUCAUCUGGUGAAGAAGAGGAUGAUAGUCUUGUAGAUGAGUAUGCCAUAGGUAUUUCAUCUGACAUUACCCCCAGUGAUGACUCUGAUACAAGAGAUCAGUCCAUAAGUCCAUCUUUGUCCGAAACCAACGACAUGGAGCCUAUAUGUAUUAUUUGUGAAAUUCCAGAGCCAAAGCCCAUCCCAACUCCAAUAUCAGCCCCAGAGCUAACAACUACACCUUCUCCUGUUUCACCAGUUUCACCCCCAACUUCACCAGCUUCUCCAGAUUCUAGUUUGGCCUCAAAUGUGUCAUCAUCAUCUUCAUUUCAGGCUCGAACACCACUUUCAUCUGACUCAACUCCACUGUCCACACCAACCCCUCCAACUUCAAUAAAAGACCAUUCAGUUGAAGAAACCUUAUUGCCAUUGUCUACCACAUUUGAAACAGCACCAUCAAGUGAAACAUUAAUUCCUUAUUAUGAUUUAGCCACUGUUGUAGUUACAAUUCCAGAUUUGGUAUCUGAUCCAUCCAAAAUUCAAGCAACACAGACCGUUCAAAGAAAGUCUUUUACAACUAAGACCCCAGCUCCACCCUCGUUUGCGACUUCAUCUGCAGUAACUUCUAAGGUCCAAAUGCCAGACUUAGUUUCCUCUCCAUCACAAGUACCAAUUAAAGUUCCACCUGUUUUACAAGUUUCAGCACCAAGUCCAGCACCUAUUGUUGUCUCAGCUCAGCCUUUAGUCCAAAUCAUACCUGCACCUAUUGCUACCACAACUUCAGCUUCAACAAGUGAUCUCUCAUCAUCAAUCUCUGUGGUAUCAUGCCUUGAGCCUGUCAUAGUCCAGAUGCCAGACUUGGUUUCAACUAAUGCUCCAAUUAUUUUACAAACACCACAACCAAUCUCAGCCCUCAUAACUACCCCAGCUCAAGCUCAAGCCAAAGUAGUACAUUCAGUCCCAGUACAAUCGUCUGUACCAUUAAUGAGAACAGUGGUAGUCCCAGCAAAAGUUCAACCUGAGCAGGGAACUAUAUCAUCUCCAGCAUUAACUACUGUUGUCAAAAAGAAAGUCCCUCCUCCUCCCCCUCCUCGAUCUACUUCAGUUUCAUUACCCUAUACCACCUCUGAGAUGCCCCUUAUAAAGACAGCCAUGCCAUCUGCAUCAGCUAUUGCACCCACAGUCACUGCCCAACCAAUGCAAUCUGUAGUUGUAGAUAUACAGCCAAGAAUGGACAUUGCACAAUCAGGUAGUGCACCUGUUCCUCAAGUAGUGACUCCAACUAGACAAGGGCAUGUAGUUAUCAUUGUACCAAGCAUGGAAAAAAUAUCUCUACUUGAACAAACCAAACAGGAUGGAGAUGAUGCAGAGCCAAAUGUUACUUCUCGUGCAUAUGGUAGUCAACAAACUACAAAUGACACACUGUGUACAGACACUUCAACUGUGAAAGUGCUUUCAGCUCCACUACUUCAACCUAAACCUACACAUGGAGCAAAAGUGGUAUCAAGUGGGGAUGUGACUCCUGUAACAGACCCAACCUCAUCACCUCCACCCCUUUUACCAAAACCACUGGGAAGCUCUGUUCCAACUUUAGUCACAAGCACUAUAGCAACAGUUGCCCCUGUUUCUGUAACAGUGUCCAGUCCUUGUCAUAUCUCUAAACCUCCUCCACCCAUACCACCCAAGCCUAUAUCAAUUCCAGCUGGAUUAGUUUUUACCCACAAGCCAGGAGAGAAUAUCAGACCUCCUCCUCCUGUGGCACCCAAAGCAGCAACGCUACCUAGGAUGAAGGAACCUCCAAAAGCCCUGUCUCUUAGCCUUGCAAGACCUUCGGAGUCUAAACUGGGUACAACAUCUCCCAAGUCACCUGUGUCCCCUAGGCAUGCAAAAUGUUUACAGACAUAUGUGGUGAUCACUCUACCAUCUGAGCCUGGCUCUCCAACUGAGACAAUAACAGUUCAAGCACCUGUUAGGCGAAAAUCCAUCCCGUCUUCUACAGUGUCAGACAUUCAAACAACAGUACCAGAGAAGAAGACACCCACUGAAAUUAUUUCAGCACAGGCUACAGUUAGGAGGGCAUCUGUCCCCACUAUUAAGCAUCCACCGCCGAUUAUUAAAGCAGUCAAUGUGGAAGCAGAGCAAACAGAAACCUCUGAGAUGGUGACUGGCAAAGUACAAACAGGCAAAUUCUCUGUGCCCCCUGCUGUGCAACCAAUAUUUUCUGUUGCUGAUGUGAUUACAGUGUCAUCAGAUCAGAAAUCCUGCAUCAUGGCACAUGCUGUAGCACCAACAAUCAAGAAGUCAUAUGUGUCACAAGAAGACUCAAUAACUCAACCCCAUUUAACUUUUGAACCAACAUCAGAAUUAUUUCUAAAACCCACUGAGCCAAAAUGUUAUCUGAUUCUGAGCGAUCAAUCCAUAGUAAAUGAGCAAUCUGGACCAUCUGUGUCUCAGCAGCCAUGUGCAGUUACAGAAGUGGGAACAGUAUUUCCAACAAGUUUAUCUGAAGAGCCAAUUCUUCAGUCAACCAAACCAAUUGCAACUGUACAACCAGGGUGUCUUGGGGAAGCUGUUUUUGUGCCAGAGCCAUUGAAACCACAUGUAGAAGUAGUUGUCUAUGGGACACCACCUACAGUACACUCUAUAAAUUAUGAUCAGCAUGUUUUAUCUCAAAUAGAUGUGCAAGGUACAGAGCAUAUGGAACAAGACAUAGAUAACUGUGUCACAGAGGCAGUUCUGAUUAGAUCAGCAAUACAAGAUGAGAGUUAUGAAUUUGCAGCUGAAGAACCAGAUACAGCGAUUGAAGUUGUUGUUCACUCUAAAGAUGAAAACAUACCUGGGGUUUUUGAAGAUGCAUUCCCCUUAUCAGAGCUCUCAUCAACUCAACAAACUGAUCAAUCUUCAGAAAAUAGGGUUGUGGUGACAGACCAGAUAUUCACACACCAGCUAAAUCUUGAUGCUUUAGAAAGUACACUCUCUACAAAGUUUGAAUACCCCUCAGAAGUUGUUACAACUGACCCUGGUUUUAGGUUGCCUGAGGUUGCUGUAGUGUCUCCUGUACCUCAUCCUCUCACUGUUGCCACUGUUGUGACACCAACAUCUAAAGUGUCUGAGUUAAUGCCACUACCUACAGUUGCUGAAACUGCAGCAAUUACAAGCAUAGGGUCAACACUUUCACAUCAUAUGGAAGGAAUUCAACAUGUUUCAACACAAAGAGAUAUUAGUUAUACUCCCCAGCAGAGUGAAACAAGUGCAGCCACAAUUAUGUCAUAUCCUGUGGCAUCAAUGGAAGAAAUACCAUUGCAAUCUAGACAUGAAAGACUAGCAGGAUUCCCACCAAAAUAUGAAGAUGAAAUGAUUUGUUACAUGCCUUCAUUAGAGAUACAACAGCAUGAACUUGCAGAAUUCCCAGUCAUAAAAAACGAUGAGACUAUUUAUAGAAGGAGGUCAUCUAUCUCAUCCAUAGUACAAUCACCAUACACCACUAGUGAUUCAUUUAUUUAUCCUGCAGAGCUUGAAAUGCCUUAUCAGGUGUACGACUCUGCACGAGCAGAGUCACUUGCUGCUGCUAGACAAGAAUCCAUAACCAUGCAACAACCACAGCAGUUUGCACAAAUAAUUACCAUGCCAGCUGAAAAGGACUUUCCAGUGGUUGGCUAUGAAGCUGAAGUAUCUUACAGAAGGAGAUCAAUUCCAUUAUCAGAACAGCAACCAGAAGUCUCAACUCAUCCAUGUGAAUAUGACCAUUUACUGGACACAAUAACCCAAGAUGCACACACCCAUAUAAGCCCAGUAGCCUCUGUACCAGAGAUUCCACUGAGUGUAUCUGUGGCUCCAGUCACCAUCACCAAAAUUCAACAAGAGUCAAUUGAGAGCAAAGAGAUAAGAGGACCAGAAAAAAUGGUCUCCAGUAUGAGUCACAUGUAUUCCUCUUCGAUUUCCACCUCAAGUCAGCCUCCUGAAAGCCUGUCUAGUCGGGUCACUCAAGUGGUCACCACUGAAGUUCAACGGACUACUGUUUCUGUUGUCCAUGAAAGACUCCAACAAGUUCCUCCACAAAGCAUAGCCAUCACCAUACAACCAGACAUAGCAAAAGUCCAACCCCUCCCUAAACAAAAUGGCAGGAUUAUUUAUCCUAGUGAUAUUAUUGAUUUACGCACUAUCAAGUCAGGCAUAAAAAUGACAGAGCAAGGCAUGGAUCUGACGCCACCUGAGUCUUGCCGACAGUCUGUUUCAAGUGACUCAAGUGGACGUCAUAUUACUGCAGUGCAGCCUGAGAUUGUAAAUCUUAGUGCUGAGCUUAUCCCUGCAACAACACUGUCUGUUGUUACUGACAGCAUCACAAUAGUCACAUGCACAGCAACCAUUGCUUCAUACAAUACCACUCCAGCAGAGAAACCACUUGAUUUACAGGGUCCUGUUGCAUCACUGCCAUUACCACUCACCACAUCCACAUACAAGCCAUUCGAACCACUCGCACAAAUUGUCUACAGACCUGUAAAGGCCUCACCUGUAUUCACUGAUGUAGUAUCUAUGACUCAAGACAUACCCAUGAAUCUUUCCAUUGAAGCUCUUGUCUCCUCUGGAGGAAAACAGUCAUUGACUUCAGCACCAACAAUUAUCAGCAAUGUAGGCCCUGUUGUCUCUCUUGAGGCUACGGGAGCCAUGGACUUGUCAAACUAUAAACCAAUGAGGGCAAUUGUGGCAUUGUCUGAUACAGACCAAGGAGUGGUGACCUCUAUUGUCGAGGAUGAUGGGGUUCCAAUUGACCUGACUGCUGGCAGAAGGAGCAUCUGCUGUGAUGUAAUUUACAAGUUACCAUUUACCGGAAGCUGCAGAACACAAGCUCCUGUAACAACUCAACCUGACAACCAUUCUGGCUUCAAAGAUCAUGCAGGACUGUAUAGCAUUAAAGGUACUAAUGGGAUAAAAGCAUCCUUAUCUGAGACUAAUCUAACAAGCACGGGACUGUCCAUCUAUGACCUCAAAAAUGACUACUUCAGCGGCUCUUUUGACACAGCUGUCGACCUAACUGCUGCUAAGCUUUCAGCUGGCGAGGCACUAGACUACACAAGCAAAGCAACCAAUGUCUACUCUGCGAUGAUUACUUCACCAUACUCCCAGGUUCCUGCUGCUGGGUUUGGUGUAAAUAGUGCUUUAAGAACCUCAGAUGGAAUAGUUUAUUCCUCCGUUGCAGCACCAGUUCCAUCCACAUAUGCAAUUACAACUCAACCAGGUUCCAUCUUCAGCACUACUUUUACCCCUAUAUCAACUGUGCAGGAUCAGUCCUUACUGCAUUCAUAUGGAUUUGUUCCAACAGAGUCAGGGCAGCUUGUUCCCUUUGAGGCAGAGCUAUCUAAAGAAUUCUUCCCUACAGCCCUGGCCGAUAUAAUAACCGGCUACCCCGAAAUGUACUCAGACACCACCCUGGAAGCAAUUGCUGCUUCUUUAGAUGUUCUAGCUUCUUCACCAAUAUUUCCAGGCUUAGACAACACCAAAAUGGCCCAGUAUCAGAUGGAGAGGGAGUUUCUAGAGUUAGAGAAGCUUAAGCAGCUAUGUCUUGCUGAGGAGCUGGAAUGGGAAAGACAAGAAAUUCAGCGUUACAGAGAACAGGAGCAACUUAUGGUGCAAAGAGAACUUGAAGAACUUCAAGCACUGAAACAGCAGCUUCUUCUUCAGCAAGAAGAGGAACAUCAUGCACACAUGGUGGCCCAACAGGAGACCUAUGCUCAACAGAAAGAACAGUUGCAGCAAAUCCAACAACUCCAACUCCAACUCCAGAGGCAACUUGAUGAGCACUACAGCAGUACUGGUAUGACAGGAAACCUUUUAGAAGCUAAAUAUGCAGGGGUAGGAGACAGUGGUCAGUACUGGCCUGUAAAAGAUGAGUCUACACUUCCAUCUACAUUAGCACAAACAGAACAACACCAUGAACAGCUUAACAUAGUAAAACUUCCAGCUGACCAGGAUCUAGGGAAAAAAAUCCUUGACAGCGGUGUACAAACAGAUGAUGAAGACUCUGCAGAAAAGCAACAAAUGGGAAGAAAAAAGAAAACAAAGAGAAACAUUGAUAGCUCAGCUCAGUCUGAUGAUGAUGAACAAGAGGAGUGGGAUGCCCCCACCAAAGUUCGACGUCGUUCUCGAAAGCAUAGCAGUGAUGGAAAACAUGGCUCCAAGGUGUCUAGCAUUGCCAUCCAGACAGUAGCAGAAAUUUCUGUGCAGACUGACCACUCUGGAACUAUCAAGAAACCCAAUGUCCAAAUGGACACUAAGAUAGAAAUCAUUAAGCACAUAUCAUCUCCAGAGAACUUUCACAGAGGUGGCAGUCUGAGCUGUCAGACAGACACAGACAGAAGGAAUUCACCUGUUGAUGUUGGAUAUAGCACACAACUAACGGCAGAUGUCCCCUCUAAAGCUAAAGUUCUCUACAGCCAAGUCUCUCCGUUAUCUCCAGAAAAGUCCUAUGGAGGACAAAGAAUGCUAACUGCUGACCCAUCCAGAUUUUCCUCUGGCCCUCGGAGUUUAAAAGCUGGCCAAAAGUCUCUGUCAGAUCCUAAAUCUCUUAGUCCUUCAACAGAAGACAGAAUUGGAGGAUACUAUACCGAAGGCUAUUCUGUCAGAGGGUCUUCUUCUUCUAGCAGUGGUAAGAAAGUAAAGCGAACCCUACCAGACCCCCCUCCUGAGGAUGACAUGUUGGCGGGAAGAUCUGGAUAUAGCACCAACUCUGCUCGUCGCCGUCUUGCUCGCAGCACAACAAUGGCCCGAGCAAAGAUUCUGCAAGAUAUAGACAAGGAACUUGAUCUGGUGGAGAGGGAAUCCUCUAAACUACGCAAGAAACAAGCUGAGCUUGAUGAAGAGGAAAAGGAGAUUGAUGCCAAGUUGCGAUAUCUGGAGAUGGGUAUAAACCGUCGAAAGGAGGUCUUGUUAAAGGAAAGAGAAAAGAGAGAAAGGGCAUAUCUCCAGGGGGUGGCGGAGGAAAGAGACUACAUGUCAGACAGUGAGGUUGGCAACAUAAGAGAAACUCGGGGGGAAGGCCUGGAAAGACCACGGACUGCUCCUCAGUCAGAAUUUGAUCAAUUCAUCCCUCCCCAAACUGAGGCUGAUUCCCAAUACAACACCCUUACAAGUCCCUAUUCGCAAUAUGGUCAGUAUGUUCCUCAGACCCAAACCACAAGCCAUUACACCCAGCAGAAUUUGUAUCAGCAGCAGUCCCUAUACCAUCAACAGGUGUCUCCUUACCAAACACUAUCGCUCUCCCAUGCUCAAGCUCAGCCUAGCAGCUACCAACAUGCUUUGCUUUUGCAACAAGGAAAGCAGCGUCAAACCGCCUUGUCUGAGUUAGAGCCCAAAAUUACCACCAACUAUGAGGUGAUACGCAACCAACCUCUGCUCAUUGUUCCAUCUUCUACAGAAAGUGGCUAUGGGGUUGCUCACAUGGGUGGGAAGUAUGGCAACUUAGAUUUGAGGUUAGAGGAAAGAAGCAUGGCCUCUAGUCCAAUGUCAAGUAUUUCUGCUGAUUCUUUCUAUGCUGAUAUUGACCAUCACAAUGCCAGGAACUAUGUGCUUAUAGAGGACAUAGGAGAGCUUACCAAGGCUUCAACAGGACUUGGCAGUUCUGCCAUGGGUUCUGGAUUUAACCUACCUGAUAAAGAGCUAUCAAAAGCAGACAGACUACUCAGGGCAGCUGAAGCCAGACGUACAGCAGAGGUAGCUGAAUUUUUGGGCUCAUCACGCUAUGGAAAAGGAGAAGAUGACUCUAUGGAGGAGCCCUAUGAACUGAAGUUGCUGAAGCAACAAAUCAAGCAAGAGUUUAGGCGGGGAACUGAAGGGCUAGAACAUUUAACAGGCCUUGGCCUUUCCCAGUAUCUCUCGAGUGAUAGCAGUUUUCGCCAUUUCCCUAAAGGGGAGAAAUAUAGCAUUGGAAGACUCACUCUUGAAAAGCAGGCUGCAAAGAAUCUUCCCGCAGCUAUGCUUUACCAGAAACAGAUGAAGAACAAAAAAGCAUUGCUCGACUCAAAGGCCAUCACAAAAUUUUCCCCAAUUCAGGAGAAUAGGGACCUUGAGCCAGAAUUUGGUACCUACAUGGGAUCUGGAACUUCUUCUGUGUCCAGUCUAGCAGCUAGGGCUAGGUUACUUCAGGAUGAAAUUACAUUUGGGUUAAGAAAAAAUUUGUCUGAGCAGCAAAAAUAUUUGGGGUCUUCUUUAGGAGCCAACCUUUCAGGUUCUCUUAACCUUGGCCAGUCUCUUAGCUUAGGAUCCUCUAUCAGAGGCAACAUUCAGGAGGAUGGCACAUAUCCAAGUGGCACUCGAUCCCGUCCCUCUUCUCGACCCUCUUCCCGACCAUCUUCUAUAUAUGGCUUAGAUCUGUCUAUCAAAAGGGAUUUGUCUAGUUCCUCACUCAGACUAAAGACAGAGGGGGAGGUCCUGGACGCAGCAUUUGCUCCUGGAGUCUCCAGAGCAAAACCUACUAGUUUGCCUAUCAGCCAAAGCCGGGGCCGUAUCCCCAUUGUGGCUCAGAACUCUGAGGAAGAAAGUCCUCUGAGCCCAGUGGGGCAGCCUAUGGGUAUGGCUAGAGCUUCUGCUGGUCCUCUGCCUCCCAUUUCUGCUGACUCUAGGGAUCAAUUCGGGUCUAGCCAUUCCUUGCCAGAAGUACAACAGCAUAUGAGGGAGGAAUCUCGGACACGUGGCUACGAUAGAGAUAUCGCAUUCAUCAUGGAUGAUCUGCAAGGUGCCAUGUCUGACAGUGAAGCCGGAGGCCCAAACUGGAAUAUAGAAGCCUACCACUUGAGGAGAGAGGACACAGAUUGGUUUGAUAAGCCAAGAGAAGGGCAGCCUCAGAGUGGAUACAUGUCAGAUAGGAGACAGAUGAAAUUGGUUCCUUACACCUUCCCUCACACUCGUGUGAAGCUUAAGAGAGAUAUGACAGACACCAGCGUCUCAGGCAAUGGACUUGGAGUCCGUGUUGUUGGUGGUAAGGAGAUUCCAGGCAGUCGUGGUGAGAUUGGAACCUACAUUGCUAAGGUUAUUCCUGGAGGCAUGGCGGAACAAACAGGGAAAAUUGUAGAGGGGAUGCAGGUGUUGGAAUGGAAUGGAGUUCCACUAACAGGGAAGACUUAUGAAGAAGUGCAGUGCAUUAUGGGCAAGGCUGGUACAGAGGCGGAGCUCUGUGUGAGACUCAGUGACCUUAAUAUGCUGUCUGACCCUGAGCACCCACAGGCCCUGGAUCACCAUAUCCAACUCAAGGCUGCAGGAGGUCAGCGAUCUCCUGGUGUGGAUCCUAAACAGUUAGCUGCAGAGCUCCAAAAGGUAUCCCAACAGCAAACUCCUGACAUAACAGGAACAGGGCCUGGGAGCUUCGGAGUCCUGUCCGCAUUGGAACGUUCGGCCCUCCUCCACUCGGGCCCUGGGUCAGCAGCCUCAAGUGGGGUCCCAAGCCCUGGGCAACCGGGAUCCCCUGCCAUCAACAAGAAACAACGCCACAAGCCAACAGAGGUGAUGAAAGCACCUCAUCCCAUCACUGGAGAAAUUCAGCUCCAGAUUAACUAUGACAGAAAUCUGGGAAACUUGAUCGUACAUGUUCUGCAGGCAAGAAACUUGGCCCCCCGAGAAAAUGACGGUUACUCUGACCCUUUCGUGAAGGUCUACCUUUUACCAGGGAGAGGCCAAGUCAUGGUUGUCCAGAAUGCAAGUGCUGAUAACAAGAGAAGGACCAAGUAUGCACAGAAGACAACAAAUCCAGAAUGGAACCAGACUGUCAUCUACAAGAACAUCCAUUUGGAGCAGUUAAAGAAAAAGACACUGGAAGUAACAGUGUGGGACUAUGACAGAUCCUCCUCCAAUGACUUUCUUGGAGAAGUUCUGAUUGACUUGUCAAACACAGCUCAACUGGACAACACUCCCCGCUGGCUGCCUUUGAAAGAGCAGAGUGAAAGCAUCGAACAGAGCAGAAGUCACCAUGCUUCCCAAGCUCCACCAGGGUCUGGGUCAGGACAGGGUCAUGGUCAGGGACAUUUCACAUGUCAGGGUCAUGUGUCAGGAUCUGGACAGGGACAUGGAAUGGGACAAAGUCAAGGACCAGGACAGGGAGAUCUGAGUCAUGAUUCACCUAAGAACUCUGUGAUCAAGAGCAGAAGCCAUGGAAUCUUCCCCGACCCAGCCAAAGACAUGCAAAUGUUACCUUUGGAAAAGUCCCACAGCAGCCCGGGCAGCUCCAAGUCUUCCUCUGAUGGCCAACUGCGUUCGCAUGGCCCAUCCCGAAGUCAAAGCAAGAGUAGUGUCACUCAAGCCCACCUUGAAGAUGCUGGGAUAGCCAUUGCUGCCGCAGAGGCUGCCGUGCAGCAGUCCCGCCUGCAACCAAGACCGGGACACCGACUAGGUGAUGUCUCAGGGUCAGUGGUGCUGUCUGCCCCAAGCCUUGUUGGAGAUGCCUACGGUGGUCUGGAUGGGGAAGAAGGGGUGGGCAUUGGAGUGGACAGUGCCAUUUUUCAAGUCCCACGAAUUGGUAAGACUAUUCCUAAUGGUACCGACAAAAAUCAACAAAUCACUCCAGAAAAUGAAGGUGGAAAAACUCAAGUAAUUGGGGAAAUUAAGGUUGCUCUUAAGAAGGAGGUGAAGACGGAGGGAGACCAGCUGGUCCUAGAAAUCCUUCAGUGCAGAAAUAUCACUUAUAAGUUCAAAAGCCCGGACCAUCUGCCAGACCUAUAUGUCAAGUUGUAUGUGGUUAAUGUAGCCACUCAGAAGAGGAUCAUCAAGAAAAAGACCAGAGUUUGUCGACAUGACCGAGAGCCUUCCUUUAAUGAGACCUUCAGAUUCCCCCUCAACCCAACGGGACAUUCAAUACAGCUGUUCUUGGUGUCCAACGGUGGGAAGUUUGUGAAGAAGACUUUGAUAGGUGAAGCCUACAUCUGGCUUGACAAGGUGGACAUGAGGAAGAGAGUGGUCAGCUGGCACAAACUGUUCGUCAGCUCUAACUUGACUAACCCUUGAGUGCAAAACAGCAAUUUGAAAGAAAUAAUAGGCAAAAGUGAAGAAAGAAGACAAAAGAGUAACAUAACAGAAAUAUUAAAGAAAUUAUGUAUUGAGUUUAUAGAUCUUUAGAUCAAGGGAAUUAUGUGACGAUAACAUUGCAUGUCUUGUCAGUCCAACACUGCCAGCGCAUGUUUCCCUCUUCUAAUGUCAGUUCUCUUUAGACUUUGCGUGGAUCCAAACAUGCAAAGGCAGUUGCAGACUGAUAUUUCCCUGCAAUAUGGCUUAAAGACAGUUAUGUUUUUGAUAACAUAGUUCAGUCCAUAAGAAUAAUUUUGAUAUUGCACGAGAGAACUUCACCAACUAACUCAAGAAAAAGUUAGACAAUUUUGAUUCAUUUAAAAAAUGUAUGUAAUUGUUACGAAACUUUACAGACAUCAGUGGUGUGGAACGCAUAAUUAUUUGUUAAUGACAGAACUUCUAAUUUAUGUCUGAAAAAAUAUGAGACUGUUGAACUUUUGCUGUGGGAUGAAGAUGAACUGUACAGCACUUCUAACAUUUCUGUUAUCCCACAUGCAGACCACAGAGCAUAUCAAAGAAUUGUACAGUGUGAUAUAUUAAAACCUUAAAAUUAACAUAUACAGAAUAUAACUAAAUACAACACGGAGUAUAAGAGUUAUUCUCUUGUUGUCAGAUUAUAUUAUCAGAUAAUAUCAACAAAAGUUCUAGGUUGAGGCAGUGGGUGGUGCACUGACAAUCCAGUAAUCUAAUGUAAAAGCAGUCCUCAUAACAUUUAGGUGAAUAUGGACCUUUGUGAGCUCAAGGUAGGCCAUAUUGUCACACUGAUGCACCUCUGUGUUGAACAGGCCACCAAUCAUGGGCCAAGUCAACAUCAAUGGAUAAAUUAUAUAACACAAGCUAUUUAGGGGGGAGACUAGAAAAAAGAAUAGCAUCUUGCACAUGCUGUGUUGAAUGUAACAAAUGUUACAAUUGUUCAGAAUGACAGACGUUUACACAUCUGUGUCAUUUGUGCAACAUUUUACUCUUAGUUUGCUGCAGUUUUUUCCUCUGUGUAGGUCUCUUCAUGUUAUCAUUGUUGCUAUGGACAUGUAAAUGAUAGAAGUUGUGUCAAAACCACGUGUAAAUCUAGAAGCUCUGUGUGACUGCUCUGCUGUCUCUGUGUUAGCAAAGACCUUCUAUUUUGGCUUUAUCUGGAAAUAAUUUCAAAAUGUAGAUAAAAAAAAAAAGUCAAAUGCUCCUCUGUGUCUCUGGCUGUAAAACACACAAAAAAACGUUUUGUCUCAGUGACUCCUGUUAAACACAGUGGACCAGCAUCUUUCACUGCCUGUGAUCAAAUUAUUUUCUCAGGCAUGAUCAGGGUCAGAGGAACACAUAGAGCCAAGUCUCAGUACCCAUGUGUAUGCAGGGGACCCAUAUAUGUAUGUUCUUGUUCAUAUUUUAAUAUUUUGCAACCACAUCAAUAAAAUCAGAAAAGAAGAUAAAGAAAAAAAUGUGAGAAAAAAAAUUAAAGAGAACUACUGUCAGUGUGUUUAAUUGUAAAGUAGGGCUGAUACAACUUUCCAUCAAGAAACACACAAAGAGCAAGAUGUCACUCAUACAUUAAGGUAUAGUGCAGAAGAUACCAUACUCAAAAUGGUAAAAUAUUUGUUGUGCCAUCCACUACUUAUUUCCUUUUUAUGUAUUAAAGAGGGGGUAUUAUGUAAAAU